GCCGCAAGGUAACCCCGGUGCAGUGCGUGCGGUGCUUGAUCCUGGUUUUCCACGCUGAUUUCGGCUCCCAGCACCUGUAAAAUGAAGAUUGAGGAGGUGAAGAGCACCACCAAGACGCAGCGGAUCGCCUCCCACAGCCACGUGAAGGGGCUAGGCCUGGACGAAAGCGGCCUGGCCAAGCAGGCUGCUUCGGGGCUCGUGGGCCAGGAGAACGCUAGAGAGGCAUGCGGCGUCAUAGUAGAAUUAAUCAAAAGCAAGAAAAUGGCCGGAAGAGCCGUCCUCUUGGCAGGACCUCCCGGAACUGGCAAGACAGCUUUAGCUCUGGCCAUUGCUCAGGAGCUGGGGAGUAAGGUUCCUUUCUGCCCGAUGGUGGGAAGCGAGGUUUACUCGACGGAGAUAAAGAAGACAGAGGUGCUGAUGGAGAACUUCCGCAGGGCCAUCGGGCUUCGGAUAAAGGAGACCAAGGAGGUCUACGAAGGCGAAGUGACAGAGCUAACACCGUGUGAGACUGAGAACCCCAUGGGAGGGUACGGCAAAACCAUCAGCCAUGUGAUCAUAGGACUCAAGACCGCCAAAGGCACCAAGCAGCUGAAGCUGGACCCCAGCAUCUUUGAAAGUUUGCAGAAAGAGCGAGUGGAGGCGGGAGAUGUGAUUUACAUCGAAGCCAACAGCGGUGCAGUGAAGAGGCAGGGCAGGUGUGACACCUAUGCCACAGAAUUCGACCUUGAGGCUGAAGAGUACGUGCCCUUGCCAAAGGGGGACGUGCACAAGAAGAAGGAAAUCAUCCAGGACGUGACCUUGCACGACUUGGAUGUGGCCAACGCACGGCCCCAGGGCGGCCAGGACAUCCUGUCAAUGAUGGGCCAGCUGAUGAAGCCAAAGAAGACAGAAAUCACAGACAAACUUCGAGGGGAGAUCAACAAGGUGGUGAACAAGUAUAUCGACCAGGGCAUCGCCGAGCUGGUCCCGGGUGUGCUGUUUGUUGACGAAGUUCACAUGCUGGACAUCGAGUGCUUCACCUACCUGCACCGUGCUCUGGAGUCUUCCAUCGCCCCCAUCGUCAUCUUCGCGUCCAAUCGCGGCAACUGUGUCAUCAGGGGCACCGAGGACAUCACCUCCCCUCAUGGCAUCCCACUCGACCUGCUGGACCGAGUGAUGAUCAUCCGGACUAUGCUGUACACGCCACAGGAGAUGAAGCAGAUCAUUAAGAUCCGAGCCCAGACAGAGGGGAUCAACAUCAGCGAGGAGGCGCUGAACCAUCUGGGCGAGAUCGGCACCAAGACCACACUGAGGUACUCCGUGCAGCUGCUGACCCCCGCCAACCUGCUGGCCAAGAUCAAUGGGAAGGACAGCAUUGAGAAGGAGCAUGUGGAGGAAAUCAGUGAGCUCUUCUAUGACGCCAAGUCCUCAGCCAAGAUCCUGGCCGACCAGCAAGACAAAUACAUGAAGUGACACAGCUGGGGGUGUGCUCUGCAGUGCUGAAGGCUUUUUUUGUUAAGUUAUGGUUAUUUUCCUGUGGUUGCUUUGCAGGAACCCUUCUUUACCUGGUGUGUUUGCUAGUAAAAUC